CACGACCUGGAUGCCUGAGAAUCUCUACAGACAACGGCUGGGGUGAUUUCUCUUCGCAGGGCGGGAGGCGUGACCCGGCGCCCGCCAUCGCGGCUUGCUGCUCCCUACGCUUUCCAGUUGACGCCUCCCAGCUGCCCUUGAAAGCGGCUGGUUGAAUACGGGCGGUCUAAAAAGCCUGGUCCGCCGAGACGAGGUCUCCAGGCCGGGCACGUGGCUCGAAGUGACCCCCCUCCGUCCUCCUUCGCUUUGCUCAGCGGCUUGGCUGGCGCCCAGCCCUUCUGCCCGGUUGCGACGCGGAGGCUCCCGUGUAGUGCUGCUUCCAGCCGGCGGAGGCUGCUGUGUGGCGGCGAGGAAAGGAGGCGCGGCGUCGGCGGCGCCCUCCUCUCCUCCUUCCCCUCCUCUCCCUCAGCUUUUCCCCGCGGCGUCCUUGUCUCAGGCUAAGGCAGCAAGGCGGGAGAGAGAGGGAGAGAGAGAGAGAGAGACAGCGUCCUCUCCGGCCGCGCGUUGGGAGCCCCGGGGGAGGAGCAGCCGAGCCGGGCGGAGCUGCCCCGCUGCGGCGCACGAGGAUCCGGAACCAGCUCAGCUUCCUUCUUCCCAGCACUGGGGAGCCCAAGCCCGCCGUGCCUGCCGCUUCCCCCUCCUCCUCCUGGCCUGCCGCUGCUCCGGGAGAACGAAGAAGCCACGCCACCCCCGGAGAGGCGCCUUCUCUUGCAGCCGUGGGAAGCGGCCUGACUGCGGUCGCCUGCUUGGCUUCUGCGCCGCUUCGGCUGCCCGAUUGCUGGCUCGUCCGAUUGCCCUUUCUGCCCCCUUCUCCUGCCCGGCUCUUCUCCUUCUGCUGCCGCUAAGGGGGUUCGCUCCUGCUCCCAGCCAGCCCCUCCGCAACCGCCUCUGCUCAGCUGUCCUUGGAGGCGAGGCGUGUGCGCGUCCCAAGUUCCAGACCGCUCGCCUGGAAGGCGGAUUUGGGGCACCGGGUGGAUGAUCGGCUGCGGUUCGCCGGCUGAGCGGCAGCGCCCCCGAGUCUGAACGCUCGUCCCCUUCGCCCUGCAGAGACGCUCCCCAGGAAAGAGCGCCCCGUCCUAAGCUGGCCCUUGCCUAUUAUGAGCGCUUCCCCCCGUCGGGUGGAUUUCUCCGGGCUCCGUUCCGCCGGUGGCCUCCGCUGAUUCCGCAGCCCGUCCCCCAACCGCCUCCGAUGAAACCUUGAUACAACCAGGCAGGGUCGUCGGAAUCCAACCACCCCUUAGGUCCGGCUUUUCCCGGGCACCAGAGGAUCGCCAUGCCGGCGGCGCGUUGCCUGGAGAGGCCCCGCUGCUCCUUCCGCGCUUUGCCUUUCCUCUUUGGCGCGGCUGCCCUGCUGGGGCUGCUGCCGGUGCUUCAGAGCUCCGGCUCGGAUGCUCCCAUGGAGAUCACGCGGCAGCCCAGCUUGGUGACCGAGGGCAUCACCGCCUCUCCGCCGGUUCCCGCCGAGAGUGGCCCCGACGCCGGGCACACCAAGAACACCAGCAAGCCUCGGAAACUUUUCCCCGUCCUGGAGCUUCAGUACGACCACGUGCACCUGCCCUUUGAGAUCACGCUCUGGAUCCUGCUGGCCUGCUUGAUGAAAUUAGGAUUCCAUGUGAUUCCAACCCUUUCCAGCAUAGUUCCCGAGAGCUGCUUGCUCAUUGUUGUAGGACUGCUGGUCGGCGGACUCAUUAAAGCCGUGGGGGAAACCCCUCCAGUCCUAAAUUCCAAGGUCUUCUUCCUCUUCCUUCUCCCACCCAUCAUCCUGGACGCUGGUUACUUCUUGCCCUUGCGCCAGUUCACUGAGAACAUGGGCACCAUUUUGAUUUUCGCGGUGAUUGGGACAUUAUGGAACGCUUUCUUCGUAGGGGCUCUGAUGUACGCCGUGUGCCAGGUAGCUGAUCCUCUUUUAUCAAACAUUGGCCUCUUGCACAACCUGCUCUUUGGCAGCAUCAUCUCCGCGGUGGACCCUGUGGCUGUGCUGGCUGUAUUUGAAGAGAUUCACAUCAAUGAACUUUUGCACAUCUUGGUGUUUGGUGAGUCGUUGCUGAAUGACGCCGUUACUGUGGUACUCUACCACCUUUUUGAAGAGUUUGUCGGCUUUCCAAAAGUCACCAUCACAGACAUCGUCCUGGGCUUCCUGAGCUUCUUUGUGGUGGCCCUGGGGGGCGUCUUUGUCGGGAUGGUCUAUGGCAUAAUUGGAGCCUUCACCUCCCGCUUUACCUCCCACAUCCGGGUCAUCGAACCUCUUUUCGUCUUUCUGUACAGUUACAUGGCAUAUCUGUCUGCAGAAGUCUUCCACCUGUCAGGCAUCAUGGCGCUGAUCGCCGCAGGGGUGGUGAUGCGCCCAUAUGUGGAGGCCAAUAUCUCCCACAAGUCCCAUACAACCAUCAAAUAUUUCCUGAAGAUGUGGAGCAGCGUCAGCGAGACCCUUAUCUUCAUCUUUCUUGGUGUCUCCACCGUGGCCGGGCAGCACCAGUGGAACUGGGCCUUCAUCAUUUGCACCCUGAUUUUCUGCUUGAUUGCCAGGGUUUUAGGUGUGCUGGUGUUGACGUGGUUCAUCAACAAAUUUCGCAUUGUGAAGUUGAGCCCGAAGGAUCAGUUCAUCAUUGCCUACGGUGGCCUGCGAGGGGCCAUCGCCUUCUCUCUCGGCUACCUGCUGGAUCAUGAACAUUUCCCCAUGCGGAAUAUGUUCCUCACAGCGAUCAUCACAGUCAUCUUCUUCACAGUCUUUGUGCAGGGCAUGACCAUCCGCCCUCUGGUGGAUCUUCUGGCGGUGAAAAAAAAGCAGGAGACCAAGAGGUCCAUUAAUGAGGAAAUUCACACUCAGUUUCUGGAUCAUCUCUUGACGGGGAUUGAGGAUAUAUGCGGCCACUACGGACAUCACCAUUGGAAGGACAAGCUAAACCGCUUCAACAAGAAAUAUGUGAAGAAGUGCCUGAUUGCUGGGGAAAGAUCCAAGGAGCCUCAGUUGAUCGCCUUCUAUCAUAAGAUGGAGAUGAAGCAAGCAAUUGAGCUGGUGGAAAGUGGGGGAAUGGGCAAGAUCCCCUCGGCCGUCUCCACCGUUUCGAUGCAGAAUAUCAAUCCAAAAACUUUGCCGAUCCAACGCAUUUUGCCAGCUCUGUCCAAGGACAAAGAGGAGGAGAUUCGAAAGAUCCUGCGCACCAACUUGCAAAAAACCAGGCAGAGGUUGCGGUCAUAUAAUAGACACACCUUGGUAGCAGAUCCUUAUGAAGAAGCCUGGAACCAGAUGUUGCUGAGAAGACAGAAGGCUCGGCAGCUGGAACAUAAGAUGAACAACUAUCUGACAGUGCCAACACAUAAAAUAGAUUCACCAACCAUGUCAAGGGCACGCAUUGGUUCAGACCCUCUCGCUUAUGACCCGAAGCCAGAUUCUGACAACGUCCCCACCAUAACCAUUGACCCAGCGUCCCCCCAGUCGCCGGAGUCGGUUGACUUGGUGAACGAGACCCUGAAAGGCAUGAACCACCUUCCCCCCUCCCCAGAGGAAGAUGAAGAUGAGGAGGGGCUGAUAAUGAAGGUCAAGGAGUCAUCUUCUCCAGGCACAGACGACGUCUUUACUCCUGGGACAGGCGACAGUCCCAGCAACCAACGGAUUAUGAGAUGCCUGAGUGAUCCAGGGCCUCGGCCAGAUCCUGAAGAGGGGGAGCCCUUUAUCCCCAAAGGGCAGUGAGCUCCGCUAUGCACUACUAGACCUAACCUGUAGGAGAGGCUCUUGCACUCCUGUGCAAAUUACACA